AUGGAAACCACUACCGACCCUUUGACGUGGCUCUCCGCGAUGUCGUCUGUCGCGGCUGCCAUUAUUGCCAUGGCUACACUGCUUACUGUGUACAUCGCCGCCGUUCAGCUCGCGUCGCAAAACCGACUGUUCAAACAAGGCCUCUCCUGGCGAGCAAUCGGACCAUGGGGCCCAAGGGUAACUCGCUCCAGUCUUUUGGGACUUCGCAGGACAAUCUCGGUUCCUUCCCUAAGUCUCAAAUCCCUCGUCGGAAAUGGCUGGAAACCUGAGCUUGUCUUCCCAGCCGGAAUUCCCAAAACACCCAGGGCCCACGUCGAAGAAGGGGACAACGUGCAGGCAAGGGCCGGAUGGGUGAACUUUAUUCAAGCCCUGGAUUUGUCUCCAGACAUACCUUCUGACGGGUCGAUGCGCCUCUACGAGAUGCAGCACGCAUCCGAGCUGCUCAAUGGCGUCGUCCCGAUGCCCUGGACGGGCAAAGACUUGGUUGGCAUCUGCUCCAUUCUCGGCUUUCAGUCGCACGAGAACACCAAUGGCUGCGUCGUCGAGUUUCGACGGCGCAUGUUCAUGGCUAACCAGAUCUCCGAUGACAUCCAUCGCCACUGGAAGGGCCGCGACCUGUCACAAGAAGAUCACUUUUUGCGCUCCCGUCUCUGGAAUGCCAUUGGCGGAUUUCUCCUUCCCGACGAAAACGUGCUCUAUCUUGGCGGCAUAUACGAGACCAAAGGCCCUCGCGACCUUGAGCCCGAGAGCCAAGAAGCCACCGACGCUCAGCUUUUCGACGAUCUCACGUCCGCCAAUCUAACUAGCGAGGAAAUCAUGCUCAAGUUAUUCGGCAAGAAGAAGGACCGGCCCCAGGCACUCCGGCGCGAGGCUGAUCGCGAUAAUCCGACCCAAUCGGACCGUGGAACCAGGAACCCGGACCCCGACCCGCUCGAAGCACUGCUGAGGCUUGAGCUGGACAAAGCAUCCUGUGGCUGCUCGGGAAUGAAGGAGCUUUUGCGCCCCUGCCCCGGCUUCCUCUCCGUCGUCAUCAACGGCGAACUUGCCUAUAGCCGUGGCCUAUCGUCCGCCUUGGACAAAUGCAAGGAGUACGAUCGCUGGUACGCCUCGCUCGAGGACGGCAUCGACCCCGUCCGAUACCCCCACCACCUGGGCGACCUAUACAUGGACGACAAAAUUCUAGCGCUGAUGAAGGACGCAUUGCUGCACCUCUGCCCGGACGGCUUCUAUUUUUCCCCGACCCGCAUCGUACUAGCAGAUCUCAACGAAGCCUACGGCCACAUCGAACAACUCUCCAACAAAGCGGCGAUGGAAAUCUUCCCCACCCACGCUCUCACCACUCCACCCCCUGAAACACCCCAGGACGCCUUUGAUGAUCUUCUAUACUCGCUCGACCUCUGCAACGACCUCCAGUGCCGCCGCAAGACAGGCUAUGCCAUGCUCUCCGUCGAAGACAUGCGCCUCCUCGCCAAGGCCUCCUACUCGCUAAAGCCCAUCAUCUCUCCAGCAGGAGGAGGAGGACGCGACCUCAUAUGGGCCAUGAUCUGCUGUCCCGAUCUCCCCCGCGACAUCUGCAGCUCCCUCGCCCCAACCAAGUCCGACAUCACGGGCUUCCUAGCAGCCCGAUUUGUGUGUCGCAGUGCUUCACUCCGCUGUGCAUACCCGCCCGACUUAUUGCGCGGCAGCGGCGGCGCAGGCCCUGAGAAGGAUGUCGACUAUUAUGCCGUGCCGCUUGUCGCCGAUGGUGAGUUUACGGGCACACAGAUCCUGGCCGCGUUGGCGUACGUGUUUAUCACGUACUAUUGGAUCAACAAGGCCUGGGCAACUAAUGUGGCGCUGUAUGAUAGUACUAUGCCGCAAAAUGUUCUUAUGUGUUGA